AUGAAGUUAUUAACGGAUGGAGAACUUUUCUAUCGAAUUCGUACGCAAACAUCAUUUUCUGAAAAAGAAGCAGGUCAAUUAAUGAAAAAACUUAUAUUAACUGUCAAUUUUAUGCAUAAUAAUGAUUUAUGUCAUCGAGAUUUUAAACCAGAAAAUUUACUUUUCGCAUCAUCUGAUUCCAAUGCUGAAAUAAAAAUAAUUGAUUUUGAUUUUGCUAAACAAAACGUUCGUGCUGUUAAUGUAACAAUGCGUGCAUUUCAAAAAGCCGAUCAAUUUCAAUUAUCUUCUGUCACUAAUGGAGUUCUAACACGGCGUCGUUAUAAUAAAAAAUCAACUGAUUCAUGCUUAUUCACAUCAAGUCUUAAAAUAACACGACCAGCUCAACAAAAAUUUGGACAACAAGAUUCUAAAAGUGAAUGUGAUUCCUAUGAAUGUUUCAGAAGUAAAACGGCAAAUGGUUUUCUUCGAUCAUCAAGUUUAAAACAAUUAUCAUGUGUCUUUGAUAUUGAACAAUUUACUGAAUAUUGUCCAACAACAUAUGCUGUUUGUUCAUGUUAUACAAGUCGUGUAUUAAUAAAUGAUGUACAAAUUAUACUUUAUUCAUAUCAUUAUUUUAUUGAUCCACGUGUACGAAAUUCAAUGCAAAUAUCAAUUAAUAAAUCAAUUAUUAUUAUUGAUGAAGCACAUUAUAUUGAACAUUAUGUACAAGAAAUACGUGCAAAUCAAAAAGCACUUGAAAUGGCACAAAUAAAAGUUGAUCAAUUACUUACAAAUGGAUCAGAUUUUUCAUUAAUACAAGACUCAUUAUCUUCAACACAACAACAAUCAGCACGCCGUACAAACUGUUUAAUUUUUGCAUCUGGUACACUUGCACCAUUAGCAACUUAUUUUGAUGAAUUAACAAUUUCAUUUGAUACUCAAAUGAAUCUUCUUUUAGAAUAUAAUCAUGUUAUUGAUAUACAACGUACAUUUAUAAUAACAUUAAGUCGUGGACAAAAUCCUAACAUAAAAUUUUGA